AUGAAAAUGAAGAUGAGAAGAGGUCAGAAAGUUUUUGUGAUGGUGCUUUUUCAGAAUGCUUCCCUGCUCCGUGGAAGAGGAUGCAGUCACAGAGAUCUCAGAGGGGAUAAAGAUGAUGAACUUGCAGAGAAAUUCAAAGAGAAUUCAAAGGAAGUUGCAGAGAAUUUGAGAAUGGCUGCGUUUACAGGAGACUUUGAAAUGAUGAUGAUGUUGUUGUUUGUAGUGGAAGAAGUUUUGCAACUCAGGAUCUGCAAAAGUUUGUUAGAGGGCCGAACAGGUAAUGCAGGGCCCUUGCUUUGUUCUGGAUCUAUACUGAUCGGUUUGUGGCACUUAUCAAAGAUUGUUGCAGUUUUCAUGAAGGAGGAUUUGAUGGAAGAUGGAUACCAAGAAGGACGAACAGAUUUGACCAAGGUUGUGAUUCCGGUUACGUGA